AUGAACAACAUUACCGAGAUCUCUCAGAAGAUCUGCCCAGAUGACCCAAUGCUUGAAGAAAAUCCAGUUUCAAGGCUUUGUAUCAGGCCUAACUGCACAGAAAAGUUUGAAGAAACUAAGAAGGCCACCUCAAAUAUUGUGGGGGUUCAUAUCAGUUUGGAGCAAAGCCAGAUGAGUACCUGCAGUGAAGCUCCUCUCUCCAGCAACAAUUCAACAAACCAAAGUUCCCUGCAGUGCCACUUUGUUAGUCUAAAGCAGCAGAUGGCUGGGCAGAAGGCGGAGUAUGAAGCUAAGAUUACAAGCCUGGAGCUGCGUAACAAAGAACUGCAGUUAGAGAUUAAAGAUUUGCAUUCAAAAUUGGGGCAGCAACGGAAGUGGUAUCAUUUGGUAGAAAUUAAAAUGCGCAAUGCAGAAAGGGCACGGGAAGAUGCAGAGAGAAGAAAUGCAACUCUUCAGAAAGAAAUGGAACAGUUUUUUGAUACUUUUGGAGAAUUAACAAAUGAACUAAAGGCACCAGAGCAAAAUGCUCAGAGCUUUUAGAAACAAACUGGCCUCCGUCUCAAGUAAAGAAAAUCUGUUUUAUGAUUAUUUCAAUCUAUAUACAAAGGUGAACAUUCUUUUCCCCCCAGAGCAAUGAAAUCACAGCAUUAGAGAAUUCUCUCUCUUGUUUAUAUUUAUAAAUACAUUAAAUACUUAAAUAGUAUACUGAAGAGUACAAUAUGCAAUUACUUAAUAUGCAUUCUUAUUUUAGAAUUCAGGCUGUAUAGAAGUAGAUUUUUAACACUGAGAUUAACAUGGAAAAAGGAAAAGUAAGGUUUGGGUAUUAAGGAGGAAUUGGAAUGAUGAGGUGUAUUUUAGGAAAGCAUAAGAAUAUGGUAUAUACUUCGAAGGAAUACUUGGAAGGAUAGAGAGAGAAUGCUAAGGAAGAAAUGAAGUAACUCCUGAGAUUUCCACAAUCAUUUAGCAGAGCUCCCUACAGGAUCUCUCUUGUUUGAAAGACCAACUCUUCCUUUGCUACAAAUGGGAUAUAUUAAUGAAUGCUUUUUGUGCAGCAAAAUGUCAGAGACUUGUGUAACAACAACACAUACAACCUCUGCAGCCUUCUCAGGAUACCAUACCAUCACUUCACACUGCAGAUUUCAAAGCUACAAACCAGAAUGACUUACGAUCAUGUUGCAUAAAGAUGGAGAUCUGUUUUCUGUGUCUGUACUGAAGUU